AUGCAUCUAUGCAGAUCCACGGAUCUUUUAGGCUCUGAGCCAGUCAGCAGCAUUUUAGGCUCUGAGCCAGAUCUUCCCAUCACUUUUAAGAAAGGUGCUGACAAACAGCAGAGCCUGGGCGUGUACCCAGUGCGAACAGCACAGCCCAGGCGUGAACGCCUGCACCUGAUAGAUCUUCUCGCGUCCUCUCCCCGAGCUGCGGGCCGGACUGUCCCCCAACGCCCCAGCAUUUCUCGAAUCAAGGGGACUCUGAGGUCACCCUGCCCGGCACCCUUUCCGCCCCGACGAUCGUUAACUGCGCGGCCAGCACCGCCGACUUCGGACAGGGCCAGCGAACGCGGCAACGCCCCGCCGGUGCGGGCCGCCUGUCGGCCCGCCGCGCCUCAAGGACGUCUCCUCGCAGUCCGAGCGGGACCCGGCGCCACCCCGGGCAAAGCCGCCAGCGCCGCACCCCCGGGUCGGCAGGAAGUGCCGGCUGCCCCUUCCCAGGCCGGGCAGAGUUCGAGAACUGCCACCAACACAGCCCUAAUCCGCUCCCACCCACCGCCGCCCCGACCACCGCCCUCCUCACCUCCGGAUCUCACUAGAGGCCACCGACCCCAGGAGCCGGCGCUCCGCCCGUCUCCAGUCAACGGAGGCGCGGAGCGGAAGGAACCUUCGCUGUACGCACGCUCGGAGCCCGGCGAGACUGUGACCAAUAAGGAAGGAUCGUCCGAUCGUCUAGCCAAUCAGCUGGGGGUUGCUCGUCCUGACGGCCCUACGUCAUGA